AUGAGGACGGUUGCGAAGAAGCUCGGGGCACGCCUGGGCUUGCCGGCGGGCUGGGACGUGGUGCAGCGACUCGCCGGCGCGGACGCGGAGGCUGCAGUGCGGCUGCUCAAGAAGGACGAAGAGACGGAGCACGCGCUUCUGAUGAAGGUCCAAGAGUUGGUGAACGCCACCUUCUGGGGCUGGGGCGGCCACGGCGCAAAGACCCGCACCCGCGACCGCGGCGCCGAGCCCGUAGCCAAGGCGCUCAAGGUGAUGAGCGUGAUCUACGUGCAGAAUGCCGAGGUCUACGUGAACUACCGCUCCCGUCGCGCGGAGAUCGCCAAUGCCAUGCAGCCCUCGAUGCCCUGUGGGGACACGUGGGAUGUGAAGACUGCCAAGGUGCCAUUGGUCAGCGGGCGCCUCAAGGAGAACCCAGUGGACCCCAUGCUCAAUGAGCACUACUUGUGGCACGGCUGUAGGCCCGAGGGUGCGGAGGGCAUCACCGAUGCCAACUUCGACCUGGAACGCGCUGGCUCGGCCUAUGGCUCCCUCUUCGGGCCGGGCAUCUACCUGGCGGAGAGCUGCAUGAAGGCGGACGAGUACACGACCGCAGACCUGCGGGGCUACUUCCCUUUGCUCCUGUGCCGUGUUGUCCUCGGGAACGUCAACUACUGCGACCACGUGUCCCCGGUGUCGGUGAGCUCCGAGCUGGUGGCUUCCUGCAAGCCGAGCGGCAGCCACCACUCCGUGCUGGGGGACCGGGAGAAGGUUCACGGGACCUUCCGCGAGUUCAUCGUCUUCGACAAUCACCAGGUCUAUCCCGAGUACAUUGUUUGGUACCGCCGGGAGUUCUGA